AUGAUUACCAAAAAAAAAACACGAAAAAAUGAUGAUUUCAAAAAAGUCAAGCCGAAGGUUGAAAAAAAUCUGAAAAAAACAACUACCACCGAUACAGCCAUCAAAGCCAACGGAGUAGUUUUGGCCAGUCCAUUAGAAGAAAGAGUAGAAACUGUUGAGAAUCCGUUGAGUUUUGGCGGAGUGACGCUAGAAGAGUUGUGCAAGCAGGCGAGUAAUUUUUUAAAGGCUUACGAUAUGAAAAAAGAACGAAAAGUGAACGGCACAAAUGUCGAAGUCAAUUUCGAAACUAAAAAAGUUGAAGAAAACGUGAAUCUGAAACAGGUCUUCACACAGAACCCCAAUUCAAGUUCGUUCGACUUCGGUGUUACUAGUUCUUCAAAAUCUCACACAGUUUCUCCACUGCCAGAAUUACCAGACGCUCUUCUCCAUCUUUCAGUUGUUCUUGCACCGAUUAUCCUAAAGAUACUUUUGGAACACAAUAGUUGUCAGCUUUUGAAUCAAGAUGUGAAAAUCAGUGAGCCGAGAGUGAGAGGUCCCGAAAAUCAACAGGGUAAUUUGUUGGUCAAUGAUUUUGGAACUACUGUUCAAAGAGUGAAAGAACUUAUUCCCGUUUCACAUCAGAAUAACAAUAUCAUUUUACCUGCGAAACUGAAUACUAAUAACGCCGGCAUGAUGGUCUCAACUAUUAAGGGUAGAAACAUGGAGCCACUCACGGAUUGUAUGACUGCGAUGGUUGUUGAUGAUCAUAUUUUCAAAUCAGGCAAGUCGUGUGGGUGGAUUCUAAACUAUAAUUUUCUUGCAGAUGGUUCUGGUAGCCCUCUCAAAGAAAAAAGUUUAUCGCUUGGAUCAGCAACUGCCAAUUUCAUUCGUUCAUCCGUUGCACCAUCCCAUCAAACCGCUCAAAAUCCAUUACAACUUCGUCCACCAUCACCAGGCUAG